GCCACAUGUUUCUGAACAUGGCGUCGAGAUAACCCGUACGUUCUUCCGGGUGCUCAUAAUUCUUUGUGUAUAAUUGGCAAAGGGUUGAAAUGUCCUUUACACAUUAUUUCAAGAUAACAUUUGCGAGAUACAUUGUAUGCAAGAGAUCCAUCCUGACUCUUAAAGACUUGCACAUCGUAUAAAGUCGGGGAUAAACAUUAACAGGAUGAAGAAGUAUUACCAAGCUGCCCUCGUAGUGACAGCCGUGACAAGCCUCAUAUGCCUGCUCGUCUACAGGCAUCAAUACUACAAACUGAGAUACGUCCUGGAGGUCUUCAAUUACUUCGGCAAGUACGAACCGAGAGGAGCCAAUGGCAGUUGCGUAAACUUCGAUUCAACAUUAACCGCAUUCAAUUCGAAAUUCGACGAACCGAUCCCUUCCUGGCAACGCUUGGAAAAUGAUCUGUACGUAUACUCAGCGUACAGUAUUGAUUACCGGACGCGCAAAGAAAUACGAGCGAUUGGAGUCGGUAAUAUAACCAGCGUCUUUAACAUGCAAUGCCUCGUUUUCUUCGAGAGCGAGAGCAAGCCUAUAUUAGGAAAUUUUAACUUUGUACCCAUCAGUAAGUACUACACCUCGAACUACUAUUCCGUACAAAAUUUCAUGUACAAAGGGUAUCAUUUUGUUUGCGGGUACAGCGGCAAUGAGACCGCCACCGGAAUAACGUUUGUCACUAAGUCGAAUAGAUACCUCAAUUACGCGCCUAUUAUUCCGAUAAAAACGCUGCCGCAGAAUCUGGACGAUAAUAGCAGAACGAGUGUGUGCGUGAUGCAGUCGUCGGUGAAGUCGAUGCUACCUAACACGAUCGAUAUGAUGGGCUUUGUCAGUUUUCACGCAUUGGUCGGAAUGAAUAAUUUCAUCGUCUAUGAUAAUGGAAUCCCGAACAGAUUUAACAGCAGACUGAAGAGGAUGGCUAAUGAUCCAUCUUCCUUCCAGAAGUUCACGUACACUGUCGUACCAUGGAACUUUCCAUUUACGGAGAUCGACGAGACGAUCGCGCGAGAGAUCGCAGUGGCGGACUGUUUGUAUCGCUCGUACAACAAUGUCGCUUAUUCCGUUGUUCUCUCGUGGAACGAAUACGUAGUUCCAAGGUAUCAUCGCACGACGGUCGACUUGAUAGCGGACAUCAGGAGAACCGAAUCCGCGUCCGAUCGUUACGGGCUAAAAUCCAAAUUCUUCUGCACUCAGCAAUCCGACAAUAAGAAGCACGUGAAUUCUACAUUGACGUUGUUCAAAAAGACGAAGACCGGUAUCGCUUCCAAGGAUCAUUUUGUUUACAUAUAUCAUCCGCACGAGAUGUUACACGCCGAAUUGCAAGGUCGUCGGGAAAUACGCACCACGCAGAUAGGGCAGAAUUUAAUUUCCGUUAAUCAAUAUAAGCAUUGUGACGGAAAUAUGAAAGUUGUGGAGGACAGCACGGUGUUCAGAUUCGUUGAAGACCUGCAAAAUUCGUGGAUCUUUAAGAAAUAUCGCGAAUUCGACAUGCCCUAUGUAAAAGUAUAAAUUAUAGAUCUCGGCGCAACUGAAAUGACACACAUCUGAGAUAAUAUAGUCCUACGAAUUUGUAGAUAAUGUUCUAUUUACCAUACCACACACGCCCGUGCGCGCGCCACACACACACACACACACACACACACACACACACACACACACACACACACACACACACACACACACAC